AUGGUUGUUAAUAAUCCAAAUAACUGGCAUUGGGUUGACAAGAACUGUCUUCCAUGGUCUGUCGAAUAUUUCAAAGAACACUUGACUGGAUUGGAUGCCAUGAAUGCAGAUGAAUAUGUCCAGAUUGAAGAAGUUUCCUCAGUUGAAGGUGAUGUUGAUGUUUCACAACGUAAAGGUAAAGUGAUUUCUUUAUUUGACGUUAGAAUUAUCUUAACAUAUCAUGGUUAUAAUGCCAAAGAUGAUAAUAUCAAUGGAUCAAUCACUAUUCCAGAAUUGACUUAUGAUACUGAAGAAGACGAAUUACAAUUUGAAAUUACUGUUUAUAAUGAAAACUCCCAAAAUACUGGUAUAAGUUUAUUUAUUAAAAAGCAAAUAAUUCCUCAAUUAAAAAAGAAAUUGAUGAAAUUUGGUAAAGAUUUGAUUGAAACUAACAGUAGAGAUAUUCAAUUAUCUCAAGAUAAAGUCACUUCUACUUUCACCAAGGCCAAUCAAACUGCUACUGCUACUUCUACUUCUACUGAACCCGUCAAGAAAGAAAAGCGACAACAGCCAGUUAAGAAAAAGGUUGAAUCACCAGUUGAAAAGAAACCUGAACCGGUUAAAGCACCAUCUCCACCAUCACAAAAGGAUUUGGUCUCCGAUAAAAUUUCCAGCCAUAAGAAAGUUGUAUAUGCUGAGGGAUCAACCAUUAUUCCAAAAUACAACACUUCUACUUUACAUUUAGAGCCAUCAUUCAACACCACAGCUGAACAGUUGUACAAAACAUUCCUUGAAAGAGAAAGAAUUUCUGCAUGGACUAGAAGUUUCCCAGUAAUUGAAGACUUCCCUCCUAAAUUAGGUAGUGAUUUCCAAAUGUUUGGUGGUUCAGUUUCUGGUAAAUUCCUUAGUCUAACUGAAAACAAAGAAAUCAAAAUGCUUUGGCGUCUUUCUGAUUGGAAAGAAGGUCACUUUGCUGAAGUUGACUUGAACUUUGUUCAAGGUGCUGGUGAAACCAACAUAAUUAUUAAAAUGACGGGUAUUCCAAUUGGACAAGAAGAACGUGUCAAAGAAAACUUUGAAGAGCGUUACAUUAGAGCUAUCAAAAUCACUUUUGGUUUUGGUGCAGUUUUAUAG